UGCUCUUCGCUCAUUGCGAGUGCUGCGCUGCUCAGUGCGCAGGUCUGCACACGCACACACACACACACACAGACGCGCGCGCGCGCGCACACACACGCACACAACACAAGCCCUCGGUGCACAUCGCACCUCACCGCUCGGAGCUCGGACUGGGAUACGGAUGGUGAAUUACUCCGUGGAGCUCCUGCUGAACAGUUAUUGUUUUGGUUGUCAGAGAAAAGACAGGACCCUCGUUACGUCACAGGUGACCAUGCGCGAUACAGAGGAGAGUGCUUCUCUAGUGGCCUCAAGACUGCACUGCUCCAGGCAGCAGGCUCCAGGGCCUCUGUGGUGCUCCGAUGCCCCUCACCCACUAACGAAGAUCCCGAGUGGGCGAGGGACCGGAAGGGAUCUCCCUCUCAGCGCAACUCUUCACAAAGACGAAAGGUUGACAGUGACCCGGUCGGGUGCGGUGACUGGAUCCCCGUCGAUCCUUCACUUCCAGUACAAGCUGAACGAGCGCCGUUUCUCCUGCUGGGACACGGUGCUGGCAACCAACUGCCUUUAUCUGGAGAUCCCACACGGAGUUCUGCCAGAGGGAAGCAAAGAGGGGCUCACCAGUCUGCUGGAGUUUGCAGAGGAGACUCUGAAAGUCGGCUACGUGUUCCUGUGGUUCGACAAAACCAGAGAGGAUCGAAUGUUCAUAACCAGGACCUUCCACUACAUGGGAUUCGAGGUCGUGAAACCCGAUCACGCUCUGGUGCAGACCCGGCCCGAUCUCUUCUUCAUGGUCUACUCUAUGGACAGCAGCAGCUCUGAUGAAGAAUGAGCGCUUCGUGCUGUGGCCACAGGCCCAACCGAUCCCAGCUAGACCUCGCUCUUUUUCCUCCAUGUCCACAAAAUUGCCUCCUUAACCCCGUUUUCAGCAGUAGAAAUGGGGGCUGAACGGAAGUGGGAACGGAGACCGGAUCCUACAGAUUGGUUGACAUCCCAGUUCGUGGGUUCUACAAGCAACGUACAGAGUAUAUUCCUUAUAUGUGCUUUAGACAGGAUGUAGUUACGAGGGAAAUCGUACAAGGGAAAGACUUCGCUUAAUAGAUGGAGGGUCAUACUGCAGUACGGGAAAAAUAACUUUUCUUUUUUCCGAUUUCUCACUCAUCUGUUGGUCACCAUUUCUUUUUUCGAGUAGAUCUCACACAACAAUCGAGUUUCAAACUCGCCCCCUGCGUAUUCCAGCAGUCAUAAGACAUCCUAAAAAUUUGUGUUUAAUAAUCCGUAAUAUUGCUUGAAGCUCUCCGCAGUAAAUUAUUUAUUCAUCAAUGGUGCUCCAUAAAAGUGAGGGGGAAAAUGCGGUUCUGAGGCUAUGAUGCUACAACCAUUUUAGGAAUUAGGCCGAGUUGAGACGUGAUUCAAAACGCACGUGAGUCUACCGGCUGUAGAUUUUAUUCUGCUCAAGUCUUAAGAUAUUUAUUUUUUUGCAAAAUAAACCCGGAUCUUAAGAUGUGUGCACGCGAACGUACGUCGCACCACAGAAUACUUUCUUUUUAAGCUAACCCCCCCCCUUCCCCCAGCCCCCUCUAAAGUUUGCACGUUUUUCUUACCUUUAAUACAAGUAGCCGCGUUACUCGGGCACGAAUGUUAAACAGUAGACAAGGCCUAAUCACAUUCCCCGCAGCUGGAGCUCUCUGACCGCUCCGAUCUUCUGACCCGCACACGCUCAAGUCGGACCUGCGGACGCCGAGAGCAAGUGCUCGGGCUCCAUCUCUGGGAUUCUGCACGUGUAUAUACUUAUCUUACAUUCAUAGAGUUCAUUGUAAGCCAUGACAAUAAGCUGUUAUAUUAAAAAAAAAAAAAGAAAAAAGUUUGUCUGCAUCGAUUGAUUCAAUUGUGUUUCUAGUUUGUUUACGGUUUAAACAACCUUUGACAAUCCAUCCAUAUACCCAGACUC